AACGAUAUAUCUUUGUGUUUAAAGAAAAGUCCUUUUAUUUGCGCAAAUUGCUUUAAAUUGGUGAUGAUGGCGGCGACGGCGGCGGCCAGCAACUGGCUGAACUGGAGGUUCUUGCUAUGCGUAGUGUGGGUACUGGUGUCGAUGAACAUUGCUGUGUUGCUGAUAUGGAGGAGGAAGAAGAAGAACGGUGAUGAACAGCCUGCAGAUCAUGACGGUAAGAUUGGUGGAGAAGAAGAAAUUAGCAGGAAUCAAGCAUGGAAACCAUGCCUGAAAUGGGUUCACCCAGCUUGGCUUCUUGCCUUCAGGCUCUGUGCAUUCUCAGUCCUCUUGCUCCUCCUGGUUGCCAUUGUUCUCGUCGAUGGCGCCGUCAUGUUUUACUACUACACCCAGUGGACGCUUACUUUGGUCACCCUGUAUUUUGCUAUGGGGAGCUUGAUCUCGAUUCGCGGAUGCUACGAGUAUAGCCAAAUGGGAAGCAUGGAUGUGGUUGGCAAUACUGCAGCAGAGUUGGACGAUGCAGAGCAUGGCCAUGGCGGCGGCCAGAGUUCGAUGAAAGGCUCAAGCUCUGCAGACCAAGCUGCAGAAGAAGUUGAUGAUGAUCAGCGCGAACCUGCGGGCGGAUGGGGUUGUGCAUUAUUUCAGAUCAUUUUCCAGAUAAGUGGUGGAGCGGUGAUGCUGACAGAUAUUGUGUUUUGGUUUGUAAUUUUCCCGUUUCUUGCUAUCAAAGACAAACGACUCAACCUAUUGAUAGUAAGCAUGCAUUCCAUGAAUGCCAUCUUCUUGCUGGGAGACACUGCCAUGAACUGCUUGCCAUUUCCGUUUUUCAGGAUUGGAUAUUUCAUCAUGUGGACAAUCCUAUACGUACUGUUCCAGUGGAUUCUUCACGCUUCUGUCAAGAUAUGGUGGCCGUACCCAUUCCUCGAUAUUUCGUCUCCUUCAGUCCCCUUAUGGUACUUGGCAGUAGCAGCGAUCCAUGUUCCUUGCUAUGGAAUGUUUGCUUGCAUUGUGAAGCUGAAGAACACUCUGUUCGUCAAAUGGUUUCGGGACUCGUACCGCGGCUUCAACUAGCCAGCUCUUUUCCCCCACCAUUAAUCGAGAUACGACGACGUACCCCAAGCAAAGUCGAAUCCCUCCUUAAAAGAGAGAUGUCCUAAACCACUAGACGAUAGAUGCAUAUUUACCCGACAGUGAGCAUUCUAUGGUCAUAUUAUACACAUGUGUAAAAACAGGGAGUAAACUGCAAAGAAAGAAAGAAAUGAAAAUACAAAUAUUUGUUUGUUUCUUCUUUGUGAUUAUUGUUUUUUUUUUCCUUCUUUCAAAUGUAAUUCCUCUGAGGGAGGAUGUCUUUCAGAAAGUUUGGUGGCUUGCAUUUCUCAUCUAAUUGUUUUUGUAUAUAAUGGCAACAUAAAAGAAAUUUGAAAAAUCUUA